AUGAAUAACACAAGAGGAAGGCGGUUAGUACAGUUAGCUACAAGUUCCUUUCAACAACCUCGCCAGCAGCGACUGAACGAAGCUACUGGCCAGCUGCAUGAAGAUGAAACUAUGCAGCAGUGUGACACGUCUAGUGAAGAGGUCUUGUUCAAAGAAGGGUCGUCUUCUGACUCAGAUUACCUGCCAGAAGAAAGUAAUGUUGGCUUUCAAUAUAAUACAUUAGAAGAAAGUACAAGCUCCAACGUAGAGGUCCUUGAUGAGGAGACAGGAGUGCUUACUCGUAAGGAUACCCACAAAAUGAAACGCAAUCGUAAGGGCCAAGCAGAUCAGACAAAAUGGAAGAGGUUAAGAAACUCUAAGGCUGGGUUACAAGGUAAACAGUAUGAAGAUUUUGAGAAGGAUAGGAAUGGAAAAUACAAACAAAUACUAUUAAGAUCAGCUAAAUGCUUACUGGCAAGAUGUGGUGGGCAUACUGAAAUGAAACAUGGAGGACCGAGACAAAGGUUUGAAUGUGAAAUGUUAACCGAAAAAGACCGAAAACUGAUUUUUGAUUCUUAUUGGGCACUGAGUUCUUGGGAAGCUCAUAAAGUAUAUAUCCGAAAUUUAGUAAGUCUAUAUGCACCACAGCAUCGACGUUCAUCAAGCCUAGAUUCUAGGAAAAACAAAGGAUUUAAAUAUUUCCUAUCUUUGAAAGAUAAUGCUAAGAGAGUUCAUGUUUUCGAAAAGAACAAAAUCAUCGAACAAAAAUGCCUCGAAGUUGGGCACACCCAGAUGGAGGUCGACUCGAUACAUAGCAGCAUCGAAAGAAAGUUGUCACCUCAUCGAGAUAUUUUCAUUCCUGGAGACUAUAUAAAUAUAAUAAAGAGCGCAAGAAGCAAGCCUGAACCGUAUAAAGUAGUUUGUCUAAGCUACAGUGAUUUCAGCAUGUAUGAAGAUGUUAGAUACUCCAGUAUUCGACCAGGAAACAAAAAAGGCGAUCCACUUGUAGUUGAUAUUGUUGCAUGA